AUGUUGACGUCUUUAUUGAACAACUUGAGACCCGGAUAUUCUUCUAUUUUGAAGAAUGGUAUUAAUCUUAGCCAAACUCGAAAUUAUGCUAUUCCUGGAUCCGGCCGCAGUGUUUUGACUCGAAGAGCGAAAAGAAAACUUAUUCCAGGAAAAACCCGCCCUUCGAUUUUUCACAUGUUUGAAUGUAAGGUGGAACUUUCUGAUGGCUCCACAUAUGUCAGACGAUCUCAAUAUCCCCGUGUUGAAUGGAGAUAUCUUGCUGAUCAACGAAAUCACCCACUAUAUAAUCCUUCUCGAUCAAAUCUCAAGGUCGUUGAAGCUGACGCUACAGGCAGAUUGGCUAAAUUUAAGCAAAAGUAUGGCUUUGUGCAACCUGUUGAUUCGGCUGAUAAAAAAGACGCUACAGAAAAGAAUAAAUCAGAUGAAAAAUCUGGUGAAUUUAGUAAGCCAGCCAUUGAUGAUUAUUUGGAUCUCAUGAGUGAAGGAUAUGUGCCAGUUCAAAGCGGUGGGAAAUUGGCCAAGGCUAAAAGAGGAAAGAAAUAA